CGCCCUCCCUCCCCUCGCCCAGGAUUUAUGGCGGCAUGAGGCGGCCACUGGCGGCGGCGUGAAUCACCGGAAAAUUGGAAGCCGUGGCGAGCCGCGGCAUCUGCGGCACCGUGUGGCAGCCCAGCUCGGUGGCCGCUGAGUCGGGGCAGUGAGGGCCACUGAGGGGACCGUGGCGCCAGGGAGAAAAUAACUCAGACAACGAAGCAUGUGUCGCCGAGUGGAGGUGGCGGCGGCAGGCUGGGCCAGGUAGAGCCAGGCUGCCAAGAGAGUGCCAGGCAGUGCGUGGUGGCACAGUGGCAGGGCGGCGCGGGGCAAAAGGCAGCUGUCGGGGCCACAAAUCUGUCGCAGAGCACGUAACCUGCUACUGCUGCCGGGGCGGUGCAUGACCCAGUCAGUGACAUGACCCGCCAGCAGCUGGCCGCGUCGGGUUCGGGGAUUGGUGAAGUGUGACCAUGUGUGUCAGUGAUCGUCUGUGUGUGCCCAGAAAACAGAGCAGAGCCUGAGGGCCGAGAGUGAGCGGCGUUGCGGCGAGGCAUGGUGAGGGGGACAGGGUCUGGUGACGCGGCAAAGCAGGGCACCGAGCACACGCCUUGCAGGGGCAGGGCGGCGUGUGGUGUGUUUCGCCUGGCUGGGCUGUCAGGGAGGGCGGCAGAGUGAGGGGCGAUGAGGGAGGCAAGGACCUGCUGCAGCGUGCGUGACAGUGCUGACCGCUGGGAGACUACUAACGGAGGAGCGAGACACUAGCACCGCCUUCACGGGAAUAACACUCAACACAUAACCGCUUGUCCGCCAAUCUCGACUCCCCGCUGUGCCCUACUCGAAGAUGGGAGUGAACAUGGGGAAAGGUGGAGGGGGAGGAGCCCACGGGGGAGGAGGGAGUGGGGGAAUACUGGACGCCCUCCACCUCACGCAGGGGACCCUCCACAUCGUCAUGCUGGGGCUGGACUCGGCGGGAAAGUCUACGGCUCUUUACCGCCUCAAGUUCGACCAGUACCUCAACACGGUGCCCACCAUCGGCUUCAACUGCGAGAAGGUCAAAGGUUGCACCGGCAGAGCCAAGGGCACAAGUUUCCUGAUCUGGGACGUGGGCGGGCAGGAGAAGAUUCGGCCGCUGUGGCGCUCGUACACGCGCUGCACGGACGGCAUUGUCUUCGUGGUGGACUCCGUGGACCUGGAGCGGCUGGAGGAGGCGAGGUGCGAACUGUACAAGACCGCCAAGCUGCCAGAGAACUCCCAGGUUCCCAUACUGGUGCUGGCUAACAAACAAGACCUGCCCGGCGCCAAGGACCCGCUGGAGAUAGAGAGACUACUGGGCAUCGCGGAGCUGGGCAACACGCACCUAUGGCAUAUACAGCCUGCAUGUGCCAUCACGGGGGAGGGCCUGGACGACGCCCUGGAGCACCUCUACGACAUGAUCCACAAGCAGCGCCGCCUCGCCAAGACCAACAAGAAGAGGCCCAGAUGAUCCUCGACCUCCGACUAGUUGGCAGCCCCCGCCUCUGGUCGGACUUCUCGGAACACUUCGCGGGGCGCCGAUGGGGGAGGCCCGUCACACGCCUCCGAGGGUGACGAGGCCGCCGCUCUGUCGCCUGAGGAGUACUACGACGACGACGACACGUGUGAUGAAGCCCUGACGGAGUGCUGCUGAGGGAAGGGUGUCCGCUGGAGGUCAUCUGUCUCUCGGUCUGUCCUUGUAGGGUGACGAGGCAGGCUGGGGACAUGGUGGCUCGUGUGUUGACGCCUUGACCGAGUGCUCCUAGGGGCGGCUUGUGUCCAUGCCGAAGGGUUUGUCUGCUGAGGAUCGUCCGUGGAAGGUCCGUCUCUCUAAGGGUGACGAUCCAGCCGCUGUAUCGUCCACUGAGCACCACGACGAUGCCUGCGAUGACGCCUUAACGGUAUGGUGUUGGCGAAGUUAUCCUUGGAAGAUGUCUCUGAAAGAUCGUCGUCCGUGGAAGGGUUGUUGACGGCCUGCUGUCGAAGGAGGGUCGUGGAAGGCCCGUCUGCUAAGAAGCGUCGUACCAAGAUCAACUGAGGGAUGCUGCAAUUGAAGUCUUUGUGUCUGGAUGGCCGCUGUGCCUCAAACUCGCACGACGCUGCACUGCUUGGCGUUUCUUGUCUCCUGCAAGAGGUUCGUGGCGCCUCUUGGGAAGAUGGGUGGCUUGUCUUCGCUUGAAACAGCCGCAGGAAGGUUUAUGGACAGGCCAAGCUUGAGGAAGGUGAAUACUCGUGCUCCUCAGGUAGAUGGAGUCCGUCUCUCCGUCCCUGAGGUAGCCACUGACGAAGAAGGUCCCUCACCGAUCAAUUUUCUAUAGAGUGAAGCGGUUUUUUGCAGCCUGGGGCCUCUGUGCUGCGGCCCCGUCCAUAGGAAGGGUCGGGAGGCUGCCAUGCCUUCCGCACCGCUGACCGCCUCGUGCUGAGCCGCGGCAGUUUGGUCCAAUCCGUUGUGGGAUUUGGCGGCAGUCAAGGAGAAAAUCCCUCAAAUCGAUGGGGGGUGGAGCUGUGGAGCUGCGGCCCACGAGUCAACACACAGGACGGCGCCGCCACCACCCGGGCCGCUUGUGUUGCUGCGAGUCACAAAUAUAAUUGCACGAGGGAUAAACAGUUACAAGGGUGACUCCUCGAAGUGUCGCCCCGCAGCAGCGUUGACUGUCCAUAUAUCUGUGAUGUGAACUCUACAUUUACCCUCGAGAGUCCUUUGUGACGCCAGGUGUUUUCUAUGUCCACUAAACGAUAUACUCUUUACUUUCACCGCCGAUGUGUUACACGUGAGUGCCAGUUGUUUAUUUGUCUUAUUUAUUGUUCUCCACGAGCCGCCGAGGCGCCGCGUUUACGGCACACUCACCUCGAUCCGCAGGCUGGGGCUCCCCGACACGCCUUUAUGUUUAUUUGUAAUAUUUACCGUGUUCCGCCAGGUUGCCAGGUGCCAAGUUUAGGUUAGUCGGCCACCCACGCCCGGCCCAGACUACCCGACGCGCUGUGGUGGUUGAGGCGAGGUAACCAACGCGACAGUCACCGUGGAGACGAGUUCACGCCACCUUUACGUUUCUUUGUCUCACGCAUCGUCCUCCGCCAUUUAAAAAGGCGUCGGUGGUCACAGGAGUCACCUCUAUGCCACGGGGCUGCUUGGUCACCCCGACGUGCAAGGCGAGGCUGGCCAACACGCUUUUAUGUUGAGGCAGAGUCACCGCGCACCCGUCACCGCGGAGACGACUUAAUGCCACUUUUAUGUCUGUGUUUAUGAGCGUGUGGAGUGAUGCACGCCCGGGCAACACGCCAAGGUGCCACACGCAGCACGCACGCAGCCCGGCGCCCUGCCACUGUGCUACACGCGCCUCCCACGGCACCGCUGUUCGCCGGGAGGGUCUCUGAGGCAGCUUACUGAUGACGUGCCCGAGGCCUGUGUUGAUAGGUCCGCCGGCCUCCUCGGGUCCUGGACUCACGUGACCCAAGGGCUUACCAAAACAAGAUAAAAGUAUAGCAUUGAUUUGGAAGCUUAUAAAAGAGUGUCAUUGCAACAGAAAAGCAUCAGUAGACAUUGGUAAUAGUAACAAUGCAUAAAUAGUCCUUAUCAGUCAUUAUGUUUGUAGAGAAGCGUCAAGACACUUCUGAAACCCAAAAUAUAUCUGUCUUUCGACGCUUUCCUCUGUCUGUUUCAGUUGGGAUAUCAUGUUGUGGACUUUUAAUUAGAUUUCCGAGUGGCCCGUCUCCUAUACCGUAAGAAAAUGGUAUCUACACAUUGCUAUGCUAUAUUAGGCAAUGUAUCUACACUGUCAUACUAAAGCUUCCCUUAUAAUCAUUGUGGGACUGUUCACGUGGCCCCAAACCCGAGUCGCCUGGAGGACCUGUCUGCAGAGGCCUCGGACGUGACCUAACGCUAGUCACCCGAGCUAGAGAGUCAGGCAUCUAGUGAGUCUCUUUGUAACGUAGUCUAAGGUACGUAGCCGAGCAGAGAGCUAGGAGUAAAUAGCCAGCUAGUCGUCUGGAGAGUCAUGUAAGUAGGUACGUAAUUGAUAAGUUGAGUCGUUGAGUCAUCUAGUCUUUCACGCCAGUCGUCCUCACCGCUGACGGGAAGGUGAAGUUGAGGGGAUAUUUUUUUAGUCUGGUAACGAGUGAGUGGGUGUUGUGUCUCCCUCCCUCUUUCCUGGUAACACUGUGGGCCGUUCGGUCAGUCAGUUUGUAUACCGUUGUGAAACCCCAUACCAGUCCCUGAAUCAGACCCUCAAGAAAUCUCCAUCAGUCAGGGUGUCAGUCAGUCAGUCAGCCAACACAGUCAACACAUCAGUCAGUCAAUCAAGGUCUUUAAGAAAUCUCCGUCGGUCAGUCUUGAUUUUACCAGUUAUCGAUCAGUCAGUGUAUCAGUCAAUGUAUCAGUCAAUGUAUCAGUCAGGGUGUCAGCCAGUCAGCCAACACAGUCAACACAUCAGUCAGUUAAUCAAGGUCUUUAAGAAAUCUCCGUCAGUCAGUCUUGAUUUUGCCAGUUCUCGAUCAGUCAACGUAUCAGUCAAUGUAUCAGUCAAUGUGCUAGUCAGUCAGCCAAACAAUCAAUUUCUUAGUACACAGUCAAUUAGGUGAGGCCCAUACAAAGUCCGUCACUCAAUCUUUAUUUUGCCAGUCACAUGUCAGUCACUGUGUCCGAAAUCACUAGUCAGUCCAUUCCUUAAGCCCUGAGUCCCUUAUGAUACCUCCGUCAGCCCCAGUCACUGUGUCAACCAGUCAGCCAGUCAGUCAGAUAACCCCCGCGGUGAGGCCUUUGUACAUACCGUGACGCAUAAUGACAAUACUUUUCAUACUGGUUAACAAGAAGAGAAAAGAAGAGAAAAAAAUCAACCGCCAGGCUUUUGUAUCACAGUUUGCCAGGGGAAGGAUGGCGGCAGCGACUCACGGUUCACACAUUGCUAUAUAGUAGUACAGUUUUUUCCACCAAACUUUCGCUGCCGUCAUUUUUAUUUCCUCUUUCUCUCUCCGUGUGUUUUUGUGGGUGACGAAAAGAACUUAACAAUGGUGCAACGAUUCUUUGGACAUUGUGAUCAUUCUCUGUGGUGAUAUACAUACAUACAUACAUACAUACAUACAUUAGAUACUCAGUUUUCAUACGCCAUAUUUUUUGCCCCCGGAUAUUGUACUGUUGUGAAAGGCGAAGCGAUGGUGACGAUAUUAUACUAUGGUUGGUAUUAUAAAACACUCUCGCUUCUCAUAUACACUAUUUCUAAAGGUCAAAGAGGGGAUCAAUCGGGUUCCAAUGAGUGUUUCUUUAGGUUCACGGUACAGAAGAAGGCUCUAACUACCACCAGGGUCAUAAAACUACUUCUGGAAAUGCCCAAAACUCCUACGAAAGCCUUGUCAAAUAUAUGAACUUUGGUGACAAUGUUUAGUAAUACGACUCUUUGUGUACGUUUUUGGGGCUUGUUUCGAAACGCACCUUUAAUACAUAGAGACACGUGUGGAGCGGACAGACAGACACGUGAAUAAAAAGAUUAAUAUGUUUUCUGUAAUCCGGAAUUCUUAAACGUCUCGGGGUCUAAGUUCGCCUAUUUCAAAAGCCUCUGUUAGAAGUUCCUGGGAUUUUCAUGGGCUGCUUUGUGAUCCUGGUGAUAGUUUUACACGGCUUCUGCAUUUUGAACGGGAAUAACACCCAUGACAACCCGGCUAAUCUUCUCUGUGGCCUUGGAGAAUAGUCGUGAUGGGAGCCCGAGACGUUUAGUUAAGAAUAUGGACCUGUUGUGUGUGUGUCUGGUUUGUAAUCUUUGCUGUCAUUGGUGGAUUUGUGAACCAAUGACAUACACGCUUUACUGACCGAGUUGUUUAUAUAUAGUGUACGAUAUGGAGCUUUUUUGUGCCGUGUUGAAGUCGAAGGUGUGAAGUUGUUUUGCGGCGAAUGAUAAUAAUAAUGAUAAAUAAAAACAGAUGAUAAUGACGAUAAGGAGGAUAAUAAUAGGAGUUCUUUAUAACACAGUCUGAGGGGCACCUUUAGCGUUCCCAGACUCACAUAGAUGACUAUUUUCGAGUGUUUCUCUCUGUGAUAUGUUACAUAGGUGUUACCCGGGUGAUAAGGUGUGUGUACAGGUUGUGUGUGUGUGUGUGUGUGUGUAUGUGUGUGUGUGUGUGUGUAGGAGUCACUCGCACAAGCAAGCACAUAUACACUGUUAGUCUGGUGUGUGUGUGUGUGUGUGUGUGUGUGUGUGUGUGUGUGUGUGUGUGUGUGUGUUGGUGUUUUGCGCCUUUGCUUUGCGCGUGUACAUAGCGGAAGGAGGAACGGAGGAAAGAAAAGAAGAGGAGGAAAGGAAGAAAGAGGAGGAGGAAAGAGAGGAGAACACGGAGGAGGAAGAAGGAAGUGAGUGCCGGAGAGAGAAGGAAUAACGGAGAGGGAGAAACGGAAGUAUUGGAGAUGAAAGGGGAAAUGAAGAAUGAAAAGAAGGUAAAGAAAGAAAUAUGAACAGGAAUACAAGAAGAAAAUAACACAGAUAACUAAAAAAACGAAAAAUAAAGAUGAAAACAAACAGUAACAAAAGAAACAACAGUAAUAAAGAGAAAGACAAAGAAAUAUAAAAGAAAAGGAAGCCAGAAAAUAUAUUGAACAGCAGAAAAUCUUUGAAAUGUGAGGAAAAGAAGAAGAAAAAUAAAAAUAACUUCGCUAUGAUGAUAAUGCCAAAUGUGAGUGAGUGAGUGAGUGAGUGAGUUAGCGAUUUUUUUAGUGAAUACGUAACUGCAUGGAUGAAUAAGGGGGGGACUGACUGACUAAUUAACUGAGAGAGAACGAGUGAGUGAUUUUUUUAGUCAAUCCGUAACUGCAUGAAUGAAUAUGAGGGUGAAUGACUAACUGAUUAACUGAGAGAGAGAAGAGAGAGAAGAGAGAGAGAAUGGGUGAGUGAGUGAAUAAGUAAGUGGAUGGAUGACUCAGUGAAAUAUCCAAGCGCUGAUUCACCCCUAUCAAUCAAUAUUCGUAAAAAAAAAUAGAAUAUAGAUCGCAAGAGGUAGAAGUUAACGGGUUCAGAAUUAUUAAAGGACUAGAGGGAGAUAUCGAAGCGAGCGCCGACUCUCCGUUAUAUGUAAAAAAGUGUUCGUAGUAACGCUAAAAACGGGGAGAGAGAGAGAGAGAGAGAGAGAGUUCAGGUGUUGAUGUUAAAAAGUGUGCGUGUGGAAAUGUGAGUGUGUGUGUGUGUGUGUGUGUGUGUGUGUGUGUGUGUGUGUGUGUUUCUUGGUCUUUGUAAUCACUAAUAAUGACGAGUUAGUUUUGCAUGUAAAAGUUUUUUUAUUUCAACAACUCUCCUCUCUCAUACUCGCCCCCCCACCCCCCUCCUGCUGCCCCCCCAUCACACCCGCCGCCCUUACCCCCCCCCACCUCACCCCAACCCCUGCCGCCUUCACCCCUCUGGCCGCGUUUAAUAAUGGAAGAAGACGAAAAGAGAGGAAAAAUAAAUCAAAGAAGAAGAAGAUGAAGAAGAAAAAGAAGACUAACUAUACAAGAAACAAGGAGGAAGAAGAAAAAGAAGUAGAAGUAGAAGAAGAAGAAGAAGAAGA